AAUCAGGGUCACUCUGGUUUGUAGAGGUGCCCAAAAUCCGCCCAGAACCAGACGCUCAGGGUCCCCAAGAAUGGGGGCCAUUGUGCCCCCAGCUCUCGGACUGAUGCUUGCUGCACCUUUGUUUUGUGUUCAAACCCACGCAGGCUCACACUCGCUGCUGUAUUUCCGCACCACCGUGUUCCGGCCCGGCCUAGGGGAGCCGAGGUUCAUUUUCGUGGGCUGCGUGGACGACACGGAGUUCGUGCGCUAUGACAGCGACGCGGAGACUCCGAGGAUGGAGCCGCGGGCGCCGUGGAUGGAGCAGGAGGGGCCUGAGAGUUGGGACCUGCAGACUGAGAAGGCCAGGACUCAAGCACAACUGUCUGGAGGGAACCUGAUGACCCUGCUUCGCUAUUUCAACCAGAGCGAGGACGACCCUCACACGCUGCAGGGGAUGCGUGGCUGCGAAAUGGGGACAGAUGGGCGCCUGCUCCGCUGGUACGACCAGAUGGCCUAUGAUGGCGUGGAUUGCCUCACCCAGAAUGAGGACCUGAGCUCCGGGACAGCCACUAGCAGCACCUUAGCUCAGAUCUCGCAGGACAGUUUAGGAACCCACCUGAAGGGCAAAUGCGUGAAGCUGCUGCAGAAACACCUGGAAAAGGGGAAGGACACACUGCUGCGCUCAGACCCCCCAAAGGCACAUGUGGCCCAUCACCUCAUUCUGAAAAAAGUUACCUUUGUUACCCUGCGGUGCUGGGCCCUGGGCUUCUACCCAGCUGAGAUCUCCCUGACCUGGCAGCUGAAUGGGGAGGAACUGAUCCAGGAAAUGGAGUUUGUGGAGACCAGACCUGCAGGAGACGGAACCUUCCAGAAGUGGGCAGCUGUGGUGGUGCCUUCUGGGGAGGAGGAGAGAUACACAUGCCACGUGCAUCAUGAGGGGCUGCCCGAGCCCCUGACCCUGAGAUGGAAGGCUGCUUGGUACAAGAACCCCAUCUUACUAAUUACUGUCCUGUUUGUCUGUCUCAUCGUUGGAGCUUUGAUGUGUUACAUAUAUAUGAAGAAGGAUGCAGGUUGGAGAAGAAGGAUCCACCCUCAGGAAGCAGGCAGGGACAGUCACCAGGACUCCGGCGAGACAGUCGUGGAGGGUGAGGCGAUAGCGGUUCUUCUGUGGAAAGUUGAGCCCUGCAAGAGUCAUCCAGGCCACUUCUUCAGACUUUCAAAAUGGCCUGAUUGCUCACCUUGAAAGAUUGAAGACUUGGGACACCACCACCAGACUCAGUCGGUUAUCUUCACAGACUUGCCCGGAUGUAGAAUCACCUAGGAGCCGCCCCUCUGGGUGUGUCUGUGAGGGUCUUUCCAGCCAGGUUUACUUAACUGAGGAGGGAAGAGCCAUGUUGACUAUAGGGUGUCUGCACUCAUCGCCUGGAGACUCAGGAAAAAGCCAGUGGAGCGCUGGCAUCCCCUUCCUCUGUUUCCUGAGCAGGGCUUGAGCAGGACAUCUCCUGCCACUGUGAACAGAGACAGCUCCACCUUUCCGUCUGGAAGAUCUGACCCCUGUCUCUUCCCUGGCUCCCACUUUCUGUCUUGAAGGUCUGACACCUGUCUCUUCGCUGGGUGGCUUCUCAUCAGGUAUUUUGUCACAGUCACAGGGCACAGGGUUGGAAACAAAGCUCCACCCCCUCACCCACUGUGCCCUGAGUAGCACCCCCUAAUUUUUAGGGACCUUUACUCAGGCCAAAUUGUGAUCUAUGACUUUGUGCAGAAGAGAAUUGCAGACUAGUAGAGUUGGGGGUUAAUAAACAUUUUUUUAUUUUAAUGUG